CAACCAAAAGCAGAAAUUGAAGCUAAUGGUAGCUUUCCAAAUAAUGAAAAAAUAGAACAACCAAAAACAAAAACUGAAAUAAAUAAUAGUGCUAAAAGCACUCAAUUUAUGCUUUUAAAAAAAACAAUACAAAAGAAAAUUGCAUUAAAUACACAAGAAAUAUAG